AUGGCAGGGUUCAACCCAGUCUUGAAGAUUAACACCAUGUCUGGCAUGGAGCGGCGAUUCCCAACCUACGGUAUCCCAGCAUUACCACCACCAACAUCGCCUCCCCAACAUCAGCCACCACCGAUUGGUACACCAUUUCUAUCGUAUAACGAGACACCUGGAAAUUCCAUCCGCCCAUCAAAUGAUCCACGAGUAUCGCUCUCACCUCGGGACCCAUAUAACAUCGAAUCACCAGUCCGGCUCCCUCCAAUUCACCAGGCCACAGCCGGACCACCUCCACCUCCUCACCACGUCCAUCGCCUAAGCGACCCGUACCCAAUGAAUUGGACUCUCCCAGGCCGAGAAGAAGCCCUUCACGACCCCCGCGCUUUACCUCUCCACAGAUCUGCAGGCCCAGUCUUCAACUACUCCCUCCCCCACCAACGCUCCUCCUCCAUAACAAGCGCAACCAUGGAUCCUGUACCCCGACACCUUGGGCCAGUGGAAUUUCCAUCCCCAAUCCAGAUGGCAUCUGGCAACUCGCCUUCCAUGACGAGGGUUGAGCCACCCAGCACCGAAGCUGAAGGUCACGACAAAAGACCGAUCAAACGGCGCAAGAUGGCAUUGGAUGACAUGGUCAACGGGUGA